AUGACAGCCUCCCUAUCAGGACAACGCUCAGUGGAAAGUAUGCUGGGCAGUGAGAAAUUAGGUUCUUCAUUGAAUCUACAAAGUAUGCAAUCGAUGCUGAUGAUGAUUCAAGAAACAAUGAUGAAGACUCAGGAAACAAUCACGAGAAACCACAAAGAAAUAAAGAGUGAAAUGGAAGAGCCUGGAUUUGUCAAGAAGGCUCGUGAAGGAGAGCCAGUUUGCUGCUAUGACUGUGUUCCUUGUCCAGAGGGAACUAUCUCCACUCAGAAAGAUACGGAAAAAUGCAUCAAGUGCCCAGAUGAUCAAUAUCCAAACAGGAACCGAGUCCAAUGUAUCCCCAAAAGAAUAAUCUUCCUGUCCUAUGAAGAACAUUUGGGUAUCAUCCUAAUCUCCUUUGCCCUACUCUUGUUCCUAACCACAGGCCUUGUUUUACUCAUAUUCCUUCAAUACCUAGAAACUCCCAUUGUCAAAGCCAACAACCGGGACCUCUCCUUCAUCCUCCUGAUAUCCCUCCUGCUUUGUUUUUUAUCCUCCUUUCUCUUUGUUGGCCAGCCAAGGAAAGCCACCUGUCUUCUCCGACAAACAGUGUUCAGCAUUGUCUUCUCAGUAGCUGUGUCUUCUGUGUUGGCCAAAACAAUCACAGUGGUGCUGGCAUUCCUGGCCUCAAAACCAGGAAACAGGAUGAGAAGGUGGUUGGGGAAGACUUUGACCAACUCCAUCAUCCUUUCUUGUUCCGGUGUCCAAAUUUUCAUCUGUGUCAUGUGGCUGGGAGUAUCUCCUCCAUUCCCUGAUUCUGACAUUCACUCCCAGCCUGGAGAGAUCAUCCUUCAAUGCAAUGAAGGCUCUGCUACCAUGUUUUACAUUGUCUUAAGCUACAUGGGUUUCCUAGCUGUCAUUUGCUUCAUAGUGGCUUUCCUGGCCAGGAACCUGCCUGGGGCCUUCAACGAAGCCAAACUGAUAACCUUCAGCAUGCUGGUCUUCUGCAGCGUCUGGGUCUCUUUCCUGCCCACCUACCUGAGCACCAAAGGAAAGUCCAUGGUGGCUGUGCAGGUCUUCUCCAUGUUGGCCUCCAGUGCUGGAUUGCUGGGCUGCAUCUUCUUCCCCAAGUGCUACAUUAUUAUCCUUAGACCAGAGCUAAACACUAAGGAACAUCUAGUGAUAAAAGUAGGGGACUGA